UUGACGGAAUAUGAAAUUCAGUUGAAGUGUUAAAAAAUCAUGAACUAAGCUCCAGCAAAGAGAAAUCGAAUUUAUCUUGAUAAUUUUUGGCUCUCAUUUUAUCUUAUUCUGGAAUCUGGAUUAGGAACUAUUAUAUGUUCAUUUUACUGAAAUUACAACCCAGAAACAGAGCAGGGAUGAAGAUGACGAUGAAGAUGAAGUUCAAGUCUACUCCUGAAGCUUUUGCUGCCUUCUUUCAUGGUGGUACUACUCUUAUUACUCCUUUUCCUUCUUUUCAUUUUCAUUCACGCUAUUAUUACUCCACUGCAUCUGAUGUUUUUAUUCAAGAUCGUCAAUUGUUUCUCCAAUCAGUUAGAGAGCAUUGCAAAUUAGGGUUUUCAAAUCUCAAUUUCCCCCUUUCUCUCUUCCAUCAAAUGCUCUCUUUGCGCCCUCUUCCUUCUAUAAUCUAUUUCAAUCAGCUCUUCACUGCCAUGUCCAAAUUGAAACGCCUUCAACCUCACUCUACCCUUAUCUCUCUACUCAGAAACCUUGAAUUGUCAGGUAUUCGACCCAAUAUGCACUCUAUUGGUAUUCUCGCCAAUUCUUACUGUCAUUUGGGCCGUGUCGAUUUCGGCCUCUCUCUUCUCGCCAAAAGACUUAAGCUUGGUUACCCUGAUGGUGAUUGUGUUAUCUUUAACAUCUUAAUCAAUGGCUUUAUUAACUGUGAUAAGCUUCCUCAAGCUCUUCAAUUGCUCCAUCAAAUUGUUAAGCUAGGUUUCCAACCCGACAUUGUUACCUAUGGUGCUAUUUUCAAAGGCCUUUGUCAGAUUGGUGAUAAUGUUGCAGCCCUUCACUUGCUUAAGAGGAUGCAUUCUGGUUGUUGCAAACCUAACCUUGUAUAUAGCACCAUUAUUGAUAGUCUUUGUAAGGAUAGGCUGUUGAGAGAGGCCCUCGACCUGUUCACUGCCAUGAAAAGUGAGGGCAUCAUACCUAAUGUUGUCACUUAUAACACCUUGAUUAGAGGUCUCUACAACUCCGGCUCCAAGGUCGAGGCUAAAGAUAUGCUAGCUCAGAUGUUGGAGUGUGACAUAGCGCCAGAUGUUACCACCUUCAACAUGCUUGUUGACAUGUUUUGCAAAGAUGGGAAUGUUGAUGAAGCACAAGCUAUUCUAGACUACAUGAUUGAGAGAGGUGAGAUUCCAGAUGUCAUAACUUACAAUGCUCUACUUGAUGGUUAUUGUUUGCGUGGUCAGAUGGAGGAUGCGGAAAAACUACUUGAUUUGAUGGCCAAGAAUGGUUGUGAGCCUGAUAUUGUAAGUUUUAGCACUAUCAUUAAUGGAUAUUGCAAGGCUAGAAACAUGGACAAGGCCCUCAACUUGUUCCAUGAAAUACUUAAGAAAGGGGUGACACCUAAUGUUGUUACCUAUACCACUCUUGUUGAUGGACUAUGCAAAGCCAAUAGACUCUCCCUUGCACGCCAGAUGUUCAAGGAUAUGCAAGGUCAUGGAAUUACUCCUAAUGUUGUCACAUAUGCUUCAUUGCUUGAUAGCUUAUGCAAAAAUGCUUUACUUGAUGAGGCAGUGACAUUACUUGAAGAAAUGGAGAAUAAUGGUAUUAAGCCUACUGUUGUCAUAUACAGUAUCUUAAUGGACAGCUUGUGUGAGGCUGGGAAACUUGAAGAUGCUGCAAAAUUCUUCUCAGAUCUUGUAUUGAAGGGCUUACAACCUGAUGUGAUAACAUAUAAUAUAAUGAUUAAAGGUUUAUGCAAGAAAGGGCUCAUGGAUGAGGCUAUCCAAUUGUUGAGGAGAAUGGAGGAAGACAGUUGCUCACCCAAUGAUCGUACUUAUAAUACAAUUAUCAGAGGAUAUAUUCUCAGCAAUGACUUGUCAAAUGCAUUUUACUAUUGUGAUCUUAUGGUUAGCAAGGGAUUCAAAGGUGAUGCUGACACUUUCUCAUUAUUUAUUCACCUUUUGUCUUCUAAUAACUUAAGUGACUCGUCAAAGGACCAAGUGCUGAAGUUCAUCAAUCGAAUAGAUGCUAAGUUGUAAACUGUAGUUCUCUUAUUGAUUGCCUAAUUAAAUCUAGUACUACAUUGGAGUAGUAUCUUGCUGUACCUUUUAGUUUUUCCUUGUUUUUACUAGGAUGCCUUUUCUUUAUAUAUUGCCACUUUAUAUGCACGUUUAACAAUUGUCUCCCCAUAAAAACUUCAAGGAAACUCCAUCUUCACUCUCACUUCAUCGAUUGAGGCCUAUGCGAAAGUGCACAGCUUGGGGAAGCAAUGACUGUUUUUGGAGAUGGAAGUGGCUUGUGAUAUUGUCCUCUGUUAUAUGUACAAACUGUUAUUAAAGUAGGGUGAAUGUUGUUGAUCUUUCUCCUUCAAUUUUGUGGCUGGAAAUUCGAAAAACUGCUUCUGAUUGAAUCAUGAAGUGGCUGUGAUGUCGUUGGUUAACUGUGAAGAGGUUACUAUUAUUUACUUACUAGGCUCCACUGUUUGAUUUCUCUAAUAUCCAGCAAUGCUUCUGACUGACUGAUACAACAAGCAUAUCCCAAGAUUUGUUUCAGGAAGAGAGAACACCCGAUGUUGUUAUCUAUAGCACUCUUAAUGUUAAAAACCGCAAAUCCUACAGACUCCUACUUGGAAGCAAGCUAUUCUAGGAGAUAUGCAAGCUCAUAGAAUUAUUUAUGAAGUAGAAAUGAAUAUUGAAUAGUGAACACUACAUUUAGGUAUUUUUAUAGUUGAUCUGUAAUUCUAUAUCAGUUCUAGAGAAAUAAAUUACCACCUUCAUAGUGUUUGAUGUUUUGGUUUUUCAAACAGAUUGUAGUUCUUUCUCCAUAAUUAUUCUGUUACUAUUUUUA